AUGGCGCUGCGCGUGGCUGGGGUGGUGUCCUGUCCCUUCCACUUGGCCGCGUGUGCGGUGUCGCAGGCGGCGGCGGCGCAGGCACCGACCGGAGCACUGCUGGUGGAAGUACAGGAUUUCAGCGACUUCGACGCGUUCAAGCGCUGGGUGGCUGAGCAGGGCUACACGCAGAGUACCAGUCCGCUCUGCUUGCUGGGCCAGCGAUGUUUGGGAGGCUAUGCGGAGCUGAGAGGAUGGCUGGCCGACUUCAUGAAUGAAGGACUGGAGCCGCGAAUUGCAGUGCUGUCUCUGAAGAAGCACCUACGCGGUCGCUGGCUUACCGACCUCAGGCUGGCUCUGGCCAUGCAAGGCGAAGGCACUGCGGUCUUCUGCAUCGAGGCGACGGAGGGCACGUGCAUUUGGAGAUCGCUCACGGACAGCCCGAAGUGGAAGGCACUCAUCAACUGCGUCAGCGACACUGCACCGGCCCACGUCCAGCGCCGGCUGGUGGCGGCAAUGCAAGAAGCCGAUGCUCGCGGAGUCUUUGUCUCCAACGGCGUGCACUCCUUUCACGCGUGUGCUGGCAAGGUCGCCCAGCACGCCUUGCUGAGACGCCUGCGGCUGCCCUCUCCGAACAGCAUCACCGUGUCGGAGGCCAGCGGCGAGGCCCUGGCGCGGGCGGCCGCCAGCUGCCUGCGGUACCCGCUGCUGCUGAAGCCUAACGCAGGCGGCUUCGGCAACGGGAUCCAGACCUUUGCCGGCGAGGAGGAGCUGAUUGGGCGAGACGAAGCGAGCCUUCAGCCGGCCUUCGGAGAGGACGGACUGGCGAUUCUGCAAGAGCACCUCUCGCCUGCCGGCGGCAGUGUGGGCCGCAUUUGGAUGCUGGGCGGCGAGGUGCUCUGCGCCGUAAGAGCCCCGGCCAUGGCCCUCGGAGCCGCGCCCGGCGCGAGCUCCGGCCCCUCGGGGUGCAUGGCGGACGGCCGGGCGGCCAGGGCGGCGGCGGCGUGGCGAGUGCCGGAAGGCUUGCAGCAAGACGCGCGGCGCAUUGUAGCAGCGGCCCAGGCAAACUGGGGCAGCAUCGAGGUCUUGGAUGUUGGAGAUGGGCGGUUCCUCUUCUUCGACCUGAACCUCUCGUGCAUAAGCACCAUGCCGGACGUGGCGCUGGUGGCGGACCCUGAGAAUCUUUGGCCCGAAGGCCGGGAAUGGAUCCGCCGGUCCCGGUCAGACAGGCUUCGAGCCCUACGCCAGCUUGGCAUCCUGGAUUACGGCGAGGAGCACAUCGACCGGACCGUGCGAGAGCUCGAGCAGCAGAUUUUCGCGGCCGGCGGCUGUUGCAGCUCAUUGGCAAGCCUGACCAUUCCCAACUCCGUCACUGAAAUUGGAGAUUGGGCCUUUGCAGGUUGCAGCUCAUUGACAAGCAUGACCAUUCCCGACUCCGUCACUGAUAUUGGAGAUUGGGCCUUUCAAGGUUGCAGCUCAUUGGCAAGCGUGACCAUUCCCGACUCCGUGACUGAGAUUCGUGCACGUGCCUUUCAAGGUUGCAGCUCAUUGGCAAGCGUGACCAUUCCCGACUCCGUCAGUGAUAUUGGAGAUUGGGCCUUUGAAGGUUGCAGCUCAUUGGCAAGCGUGACCAUUCCCGACUCCGUCACCAAUAUUGGAGAUCAGGCCUUUUCAUAUUGCAGCUCAUUGGCAAGCGUGACCAUUCCCGACUCCGUCACUGAUAUUGGAGAUUGGGCCUUUGAAGGUUGCAGCUCAUUGGCAAGCGUGACCAUUCCCAAGUCCGUCACUGAUAUUGGAAAAGGGACCUUUGCAGGUUGCAGCUCAUUGGUAAGCGUGACCAUUCCCGACUCCGUGACUGAGAUUCGUGCACGUGCCUUUCGAGGUUGCAGCUCAUUGGCAAGCGUGACCAUUCCCAACUCCGUCACUGAUGUUGGAGAUUGGGCCUUUGCAGGUUGCAGCUCAUUGGCAAACGCGACCAUUCCCGACUCCGUUGAUGAAAUUGGAGAAGCUGCCUUUGAAGGUUGCUGCUCGUUGCCAAGCGUGGGCAUCCCCACCUCCGUGACUGAGAUUCGGGAAGAUGCCUUUCAAGGUUGCAGCUCAUUGGCAAGCGUGACCAUUCCCGACUCCGUCACCAAUAUUGGAGAUGAGGUGCCUUUCAAGGUUGCAAGCUUAUUGACAAACGUGACCACUCCCAACUCCGUGACAGAGAUUCGUGCAGGUUGCAGCUCAUGGGCAAGCGUGACCAUUCCCGACUCCGUCACCAAUAUUGGAGAUCAGGCCUUUUCAGAUUGCAGCUCAUUGGCAAGCGUGACCAUUCCCGACUCCGUCACUGAUAUUGGAGAUUGGGCCUUUCAAGGUUGCAGGCAUUUCUACUUGAUCCAGCGGGGCACGGUUGUGGUGACAGCCUCAGGCGGAGGCUCCGAUAUCGAGCAACUUCACCCAUCGGAGCUCCCAAAGUGGCGGGCUUCAGUGAAACCUGCUUAUACCAGGUGGGACUACUUCGGCGAGCGAGGGCUGUUGCUCCAAGAGCGCAGGUCCGCCACCUGCCAGGCAGGGAAUCUGGCGCUGGCGCGUCAGAGCUCAGAAUUCACCCGCCAGGUCUUGCAGGCUUUGCGAGCAGACCUUCGGGAGUUGCAGCGUGUCAAUUUGGUGGCGGCUGCGUUGCGACGUUCGGCGGAUGUAGCAUUGCCAGCUUUCGGUCCGCCCUUGGCACCAGAGUCGCCUGAGGCUACCAAGGAAGACCCGCCCUCUCAGGCCUUGGACGAGUGCAUCUGCCUAGUGCUGGACGCCGAUGAGUUCUUCCAGAUCGUGGGGCACUUCCGGGACGAGCUCGAGCGCCGGAUGCAGUUGCAGGAUCUGAAUCUCUCCAUCUCCGACUUGCAGUGCAAAGCGGUGGUGGGCCGCGGCACCUUCGGGGUGGUGCGCCUGGUGACCCCGAAGGGCAAGAAGGAUGCGCCGCAGUACGCCUUGAAGUGCGUGAAGAAAGCGCAGGUGGUGAAAGGCCGCCAAGAGCGCGCCAUCGUCAUGGAGCGCGAGGCAAACGUGGCAUCGGGCGUGGCAUCGGGCGCGCCGGUCAAUGCGCAGUGCUACCAUCCCUGCAUCGUGCAGUUCAUCAAGACCUUCCAGGACAAGCACAACGUCUACUUCCUCACGGAGUUCCUGGGUGGCGGCGACCUCUUCUACGCCAUCCGCGCCAUUGGCGCCGGAGCCUUGACAAAGCUCCAGUGCCAAUUCUUCGCGGGCUCCAUUGCCCUAGGCCAGCGCGGCAAGUCGGGCUUGGCCGCGGGGGCUGGUCAUACUGUGGACGAAGAGUGGCAGCAAGCUUACGCAUGCCAGUCGCAAGAGGAGCACAAGAGCAUCGAGUACCUGCACGGCCGCGGCAUCAUGUACAGGGAUCUGAAGCCCGAGAACGCCUCGGUGUUGCUGGACUUUGCCGGGCGCGCCAAGUUGGUGGACUUCGGGUGCUGCAAAAAGGAGAUCAGGGCCUCCAGCCUGGUGGGUACACCCGAGUACCUGGCGCCAGAGGCAGAGUCCGGAGAUGGUGAGGCUCCCUGUCAGGUCAUCAAGGGCAAGGGCUACACCAAGUGCAUCGACUGGUGGUCUCUGGGUGUAAUGCUCUAUGAGUUCGUAGCGGGGCCUAUACCCUUCGGCGCUGGCGAGGAGGAUCAGAUGAAGCUCUUCGCGGCGAUUUGCGAGGCGGCGCUGUGCUGCGGGCGCGGGGAUCCCCUGCGCUUUCCCGCCUACAUCGACCAGGAUGCUGGGCAGGUCAAUUGCCGGCCUUCCCUGGAGUUUCAGGGGUGCAGCUUUUUGGAGGAAAGGUUCGGCUGGGACGCCCUCGCGGGGGGCUUCUUUCCGCCGCCCUGGCAGCCAGAUGCGCAGGCACAGAUCAAGAAUUGGGAGGCGCGAGGUGCCUUUCAAGGCUGCAGCUCAUUGGCCAGCGUAACGAUUCCCAACUCAGUGACUGUGAUUGGAUAUUAUGCCUUCCGAGGCUGCAGCUCAUUGGCAAGCGUGACCAUUGCCGACUCCGUGACUGAGAUUGGACACUGUGCCUUUGAAGGCUGCAGCUCAUUGGCAAGCGUGACCAUUCCCAACUCCGUGACUCAGGUAGGAGAUGGUGUCUUUGCAGACUGCAGCUCAUUGGCAAGCGUGACCGUUCCAAUCUCCGUGACUCAGAUUGGAGAUCAUGCCUUUGCAGGCUGCAGCUUAUUGGCAAGCGCGACCAUCCCCAACUCCGUGAAUGUCAUUGGAGAUUGUGCCUUCAGAGGCUGCAGCUCAUUGGCAAGCGUGACCAUUCCCAACUCCGUGACUGAGAUUGGAGACUGGGCCUUUCACAGCUGCAGCUCAUUGGCAAGCUUGACCAUUCCCAACUCCGUGACUCAGGUAGGAGAUGGUGUCUUUGCAGACUGCAGCUCAUUGGCAAGCGUGACCAUCCCCAACUCCGUGAUUGGGAUUGGAAACUUUGCCUUCAGAGGCUGCAGCUCAUUGGCAAGCGUGACCAUUCCCAACUCUGUGACUGGGAUUGGAGAUCAUGCCUUUGCAGACUGCAGCUCAUUGGCAAGCGUGACCAUUCCCAACUCCGUGAAUCUCAUUGAAGAUUGUGCUUUCAGAGGCUGCAGCUCAUUGGCAAGCAUGACAAUUCCCAACUCUGUGACCGAGAUUCGGGAACAUGCCUUUCAAGGCUGCAGCUCAUUGGCAAGCGUCGUGACCAUUCCCAACUCCGUGACUCAGAUUGGACAGAGUGCCUUUGCACGCUGUAGCUCAUUGGCAAGCGUGACAAUUCCCAACUCCGUGACUGAGGUAGGAGAUAAUGUCUUUGCAGACUGCAGCUCAUUGGCAAGCGUGACCAUUCCCAACUCCGUGACUGCGAUUGGAGACUGGGCCUUUGACGGCUGCAGCUCAUUGGCAAGCUUGACCAUUCCCAAUUCUGUGACUGGGAUCAGUGAUUUUGCUUUUGCAGGCUGCAGCUCAUUGGCAAGCGUGACCAUCCCCAACUCCGUGGAUGUCAUUGGAGGUUGUGCCUUCAGAGGCUGCAGCUCAUUGGCAAGCAUGACCAUUCCCAACUCCGUGAGGUAUGUAGAAGAAUAUGUAUUCAAAGGCUGCAGCUCAUUGGCAAGCGUGACAAUUCCCAACUCUGUGACCGAGAUUCGGGAACGUGCCUUUCAAGGUUGCUGCUCACUGGCAAGCGUCACUAUUCCCAAUUCUGUGACUGGGAUCAGCGAGUAUGCUUUUGCAGGCUGCAGCUCAUUGGCAAGCGUGACCAUCCCUAACUCCGUCAAUGUCAUUGGAGAUUGUGCCUUCAGAGGCUGCAGCUCAUUGGCAAGCGUGACCAUUCCCAACUCUGUGACUGCGAUUGGAGAUUUUGCCUUUGCAGGCUGCAGCUUAUUGGCAAGCGCGACCAUCCCCAACUCCGAGACUUGUAUCGGAGAAGGUGCCUUUCAAGGCUGCAUCUUCCUUUUGGAGUCAGAUGGGACAUGAAGACAUUUGUAGCUUGGAGUAUGGCGACAAUGUUGCUAAUGCGGGUUUCCAACCCCCAGUUUGUAGAACAUGCGAUCCCCGGGUUCCUAAUUUUCGGAGUUGCCCCCAUGUUGCCGCACGCUUGCGCGCCCGAACUUGGCGUCAAGCCCUUCGAAAGCGCGACGCUUGGCCCCGAAACCGUUUCGGUCACAUGAUAUGGCCGGUUCGGUGAUUCCGAGGGCCGUGAUCUGGUGCGGCGCC